AAAUACUCCAAUGUGAGUGGAAAGGCGUGUGAAGUGUCCACCUGCGCACGCCCCCUCUUUUUCUGACUGUCUUGCUGUGAAUGUUAGGUUGUUGCUCCAGGAAAGGACGCCGCCGCAGGGAUGCCGCUGGCCCGUAGUCUAUCAGUCACCUCGCUUUCGGGGCUUGAUGAGUGGGAUGAGGAGUUUGACCUUGAGGAUGCUGUGCUGUUUGAGAUAGCAUGGGAAGUGGCCAAUAAAGUUGGGGGGAUUUACACUGUGAUCCAGACAAAAGCUCGUCUGACCUGUGAGGAAUGGGGGGAGAACUACUUCCUGGUGGGCCCCUACACGGAGUCCAACGUCAGAACUCAGGUUGAGCUCAUUGAGCCAACUAACCCAGCUCUAAGGAGAACCAUAGACAAAAUGAACUCCAGUGGCUGCAAGGUAUAUUUCGGGCGAUGGCUGAUCGAGGGUAGUCCCUACGUGGUUCUGAUUGAUGUGGCCUUCACAGCGUGGUCAUUGGACCGCUGGAAGAGCGAGCUGUGGGAGACCUUUGGCAUUGGUGUGCCGUGGUUCGACAGAGAGGCCAACGACGCUGUGCUCUUUGGAUUUCUGACAGCCUGGCUUCUUGGCGAGUAUGCAGCCCAGUGUGAGGAACCCCCGCACGUAUUGGCUCAUUUCCACGAGUGGUUAGCCGGCUUGGGGUUGAUGCUGUGUCGACAGAGACAGUUACCCAUAGCAACCAUCUUCACCACUCACGCCACGUUACUGGGACGAUACCUCUGCGCCGGAAAUGUGGACUUCUACAACAAACUUGCUGAGUUUAAUGUGGAUAAGGAGGCUGGGGAUAGGCAGAUCUACCACCGCUACUGUUUGGAGCGGGCAGCUGCGCGGUGUGCCCAUGUUUUCACCACCGUCUCCCAGAUCACGGCCAUCGAAGCCGAGUUCCUGCUGAAAAGGAAGCCGGACAUUAUCACUCCUAAUGGACUGAAUGUGAAGAAGUUCUCAGCCAUGCAUGAGUUUCAGAACCUCCAUGCCCAGAGCAAGAACCGCAUUCAGGAGUUCAUCAGAGGUCACUUCUAUGGGCACCUGGACUUUAACCUGGACAAGUCUGUUUUCUUCUUCAUCGCUGGCCGCUAUGAGUUCUCUAACAAAGGUGCAGACGUCUUUCUAGAGGCUCUGGCCAGACUGAACUACCUGCUGAGGGUAAACCACAGUGACACCACAGUUAUCGCCUUUUUCAUCAUGCCCGCAAGGACCAACAACUUUAACGUUGAGACACUCAAAGGCCAGGCAGUGCGGAAGCAGCUCUGGGACACCGCGCAUACUGUUAAAGAGCGCUUUGGGAAAAAACUCUACGAGUCACUGCUGGUUGGUCAGUUGCCGGAUGUGAGUAAGAUGCUGGACAAGGAAGACUUCACCAUGAUGAAGCGCGCCAUCUUCGCCACCCAGCGGCAGUGUCAGCCCCCUAUCUGCACCCACAACAUGCUGGAGGACAGCAAUGACCCCAUCCUCACCUGCAUCCGCCGCAUUGGCCUCUUCAACAGCUCCUCCGACAGAGUCAAGGUGAUCUUCCAUCCAGAGUUCCUGUCCUCCACGUCUCCACUGCUGCCUAUGGACUAUGAGGAGUUUGUGAGGGGCUGCCAUCUUGGGGUGUUUCCCUCUUACUACGAGCCUUGGGGCUACACGCCAGCCGAAUGCACUGUAAUGGGAAUUCCGUCUAUCUCCACAAAUCUGUCCGGAUUUGGCUGUUUCAUGGAGGAACACAUAGCAGACCCCUCUGCCUAUGGUAUCUACAUUCUCGACAGACGAUACCGCGGGGUGGACGAGUCCUGUAACCAGCUUACCUCGUACCUGUACCAGUUCUGCCAGCAGAGCCGCCGGCAGAGGAUCAUCCAGAGGAACCGAACGGAGCGCCUCAGUGACCUGCUGGACUGGAAAUACCUCGGCAGGUACUACAUCUCUGCUCGUCACAUGGCUCUGGCUAAAGCCUUCCCAGAUACCUAUGUCUACGAGGCUCAUGAUCCAACAUCUACUUCGGGCUUCAGGUACCCACGUCCAGCCUCCGUGCCCCCCUCGCCUGCCCACUCACUCCACUCCUCCCCCCACCACAGUGAGGUGGAGGACAACGAGGAUGAGGAUGAGCGUUAUGAUGAAGACCUGGAGGCUGAGAAAGACCGAAUGAACAUCCGCCAGCCCUUCACCCUUCCCCACAAAUUGUAUGCAGCCGCCAACAAUUCCACUGCUCCAAAGAAUUAAGUUGCCGACUCAUACGUAGACAGACAGUCACACAGCCAUUCGCCCGUUCACCCUACAUGUUCGAAAGCCACUGCAGAAAAGUCACACAUGCAGACGUAUGCUCAGAGCAUUUUACCAGCAAUCGCAAGAUCAUAGCCAGUACACACACACACUCACUCACACACACACACACACACACACACACAUACUCACAUACAUUACAGUAUUGUGGCUGAAACCAAUUCUCAGAAUUUGUAAAACUUUGUUCAUGUUUGUAGUUGCAAGUGAUGGCCUUCUAAGUAAAUUGUAACACUCCAGUGCUACUAGGCACACACACAUACAUGCACGCACGCGCAUACACAUACACACACUCACACACACUCCAGCAAAUGGCAGACAUGAAGUUAUUGUGCAAGUGAUAUCACAAAUGCCAGAUAAGAGAUAGAUUAUGAAUGCAUGACACAGUAUAGAACAUAACAAUAACUGAAACAUUUUGACUUCCAUUUACUUCUAGAAAGCUAUUGUGAAAACUCAUUAAUAGCAAACAACUGUAGCUACAACUAAACAGGACAUGCAGCUAACGAGAAGUACUAACAUGGAACUCAAAAAAACUAACCAAUGUCUUCUGUGAUAGAAAGGCCAUGUUACACACAUAUCAAGUGAUUGUAAAACAUACACAUACACAUACACAUUUCAACUUCCAUUUACUUCUAGAAAGCUAUUGUGAAAACUCAAUAAUAGCAAACAACUGUAGCUACAACUAAACACGACAUUCUCACAGGGACAAGGACCUCUAGCUGCAGCUAACCAGAGGCGUUAACAUGGAACUCAGCUAACAGACAAAAUAACCAACCUCCUCUGUGAUAAAAAGGCCAUGUCACACAUAUCAAGUGACUUUAAAACAUACACGUACACUUUACCCCCCCCCCCCCCCCCAACACACACACACUCACACAAGACUAGAAAUAUCCAAAUCAAAACGCUUCCAAGAGUCCCCUCAAAAGCAAGUAUGUGUACUACUGUGUGUGUAUGUGUGUGUUAUAGCACACUUUGCAUUUGUUCAGUAAGGCCAGCAAUACUCAGUGCUUCAUGUGAGAUUGCUUUAUUUGCUACAAUUUUUGACAGGUUCUGAACCUCUACUGUGAUUUCAAACAGAUCUAUGCCUUGUUGAAUAUUUUCCUGGAAGUCUUGAGGAGGAUUUGGAUAUUCUUAGUGCAUGCAUAUAUAUACACACACCCCCCUGUUUUGAGUUUGUUAUGUGUGUUAAUGUGCACCUGAAGACGUAAAGAUGACAGAAAUAAAGUAUAUAUUAGCAUUAA